AUCUCACCGCGGGGCACUCCUGGCAAAGCAUCCCCACACCCUCGGCUGCCGGUGGCGGUUCGUGGCUCUCCCGGGCUGGGAUGCUCCGGCGCUGCUGGGGCGGCUCUAGCUCGCAAGAAGGCGGCCCCAGACUGCCUGACCUCCCGGUGAACCGGCGCCUGCCACACUCAAUUUCUGUGAGCGGGAGCUGCGCCAGAGGCGGGCAGUGCCAGGGCGGUCGGUGGGUCGCCCGCAGCCCCGGGCUCGGUGCGCCGCGCCCCGCCCCGCUCCGCUCCUCUCCGCCGCCGGGGCCGCGGCCGGGCCGCCGCGGCCGAGCGCCCGCCGGGGUCCCGGGGAUGCGCGCCCGUGAUUGACGGCUCUUUGUUUCCUCCUCGCCGGCAGCGCCGGCCCCUCCCCGUUCGCGCCACCCCGCCCCGCCGCGCUCCGCUCCGCACCGGCGGCACCGGCGGCAUGGGGGUACCGGCGGCCGCAGGGGGCCCGGUGCUCGGUGCGCUGCUGGCGCUGCUCCUGCUGGGCGCCGCCGGGGCGGCUCGUCACGGGCUGCAAGUCAUUGACCUGCUGAUGGUGAGCGAGGCCCGGCAGAUGGCCAGCAUCACACACAAGAUCCGGAUGGAGCUCCUGACCGUCAACGACAUUUACCUCCUCUCCACCUUCCGCCUGCCCCCCAAGCAGGGGGGGACCCUCUUUGGCCUCUACUCCAAGAAGGACAACACGAAGUGGCUGGAGGUCUCCGUGGUGGGGAAAAUCAACAAAGUCCUGGUGCGUUACCUGCGGGAAGACAACAAGCUGCACUCGGUCAACCUGCAGCACGCGCAGGUGGCGGACGGGCAGAGCCACAGCAUCAUCGUGCGCCUGAGCGGGCUGCGCGGGGACAUGCUGAGCGUGGAGCUCUACGUUGACUGCAAGCAGAUGGACUCCAGCGUGGGGCUGCCCGAGCUGUCCGAGAUCCCCCUGGCAGAGGUGGAGUCCAUCGAGGUGCGCACGGGACAGAAGGCGUACCAGAGGAUGCAGGGGUUCGUGGAGUCGAUGAAGCUGAUCCUGGGAGGGUCCAUGAGCCGCGUCGGGGCCCUGAGCGAGUGCCCUUUCCAAGGAGACGAGUCCAUUCACAGCGCAGUGACAAGCGUGCUGGCCUCCAUCCUGGGCGAGCAGACCAAGGCACUGGUCACGCAGCUGACGCUCUUCAACCGGGUCCUGACUGAGCUGCGAGAAGACAUUAGGGACCAGGUGAGGUGGUGGGGCAGUGUCGGCUUUCCCUGGGUUGGAUUUGCCCAAGAGCGGGUGCCAGCCAGUAAUCCGCAUCCCCCUGAUGGUCCACGUUCUGCUGCCUUGCAGGUGAAGGAGAUGUCUCUGAUCCGCAACACCAUCAUGGAGUGCCAGGUCUGCGGUUUCCACGAGCACCGAUCCCGCUGCAACCCCAACCCCUGCUUCAGCGGCGUGGACUGCAUGGAGACGUACGAGUACCCCGGGUACCGCUGUGGGCCGUGCCCGCCGGGGCUGGAGGGCAACGGCACGCACUGUGCCGACAUCAAUGAGUGCGCUCAUGCCAACCCCUGCUUCCCCGGCUCCAAGUGCAUCAACACAGCCCCUGGUUUCCGCUGUGAGCCCUGUCCCCGCGGCUAUCGGGGCAACACCGUCUCGGGCGUGGGGGCUGACUACGCAAGGGCCAGCAAGCAGGUUUGCACGGAUAUUGAUGAAUGCAACGACGGGAACAAUGGGGGCUGCGACCCCAACUCCAUCUGCACCAACACGCUGGGCUCCUACAAGUGUGGCCCGUGCAAGUCGGGGUUUGUGGGGAAUCAAACGUCCGGCUGCAUCCCACAGAAAUCCUGCAGCACUUCCACCUCCAACCCCUGCGACAUCAACGGCGUCUGCGUGUUUGAGAGGAACGGUGAAAUUUCCUGUGCGUGCAAUGUGGGCUGGGCUGGCAACGGCAACGUGUGCGGGCAAGACACAGACCUCGACGGCUAUCCGGACGAGCCCCUGCCCUGCAUCGAUAACAACAAGCACUGCAAGCAGGACAACUGCCGUCUGACACCGAACUCGGGGCAGGAGGACGCCGACAACGACGGCAUCGGGGACCAGUGUGACGAUGACGCCGAUGGUGAUGGCAUCAAGAACGUGGAGGACAACUGCCGGCUCUUCCCCAACAAGGACCAGCAGAACUCAGACACCGACUCCUUUGGGGAUGCCUGUGACAACUGCCCCAACGUGCCAAAUAACGACCAGCGGGACACGGACAGCAACGGCGAGGGGGACGCUUGCGAUAAUGACAUCGAUGGGGACGGGAUUCCCAACAUGCUGGAUAACUGCCCCAAGGUGCCCAACCCUCUGCAAACGGACCGGGACGAGGAUGGCGUUGGGGACGCCUGUGACAGUUGCCCUGAAAUGAGCAACCCCACUCAGACAGAUAUGGACAGUGACCUCGUAGGAGACACCUGUGACACCAAUGAGGACAGUGAUGGGGACGGGCAUCAGGACACCAAGGACAACUGCGCCGAGAUCCCCAACAGCUCCCAGCUGGACUCAGAUAACGACGGGUUGGGGGACGACUGUGACAACGAUGAUGACAACGAUGGCAUCCCCGACUACGUGGCACCUGGCCCAGACAACUGCCGCCUCAUCCCGAACCCCAACCAGAAGGACUCGGAUGGGAACGGCGUGGGUGACGUGUGCGAGGAGGACUUUGACAACGACACGGUGGUGGACCAGCUGGAUGUGUGCCCCGAGAGCGCCGAGGUGACGCUGACCGACUUCCGCGCCUACCAGACCGUCAUCCUCGACCCCGAGGGGGACGCCCAGAUCGAUCCCAACUGGGUCGUCCUCAACCAGGGCAUGGAGAUCGUGCAGACCAUGAACAGUGACCCCGGGCUGGCUGUUGGCUACACGGCCUUCAACGGGGUGGACUUCGAGGGCACCUUCCACGUCAACACCGUCACUGACGAUGACUACGCUGGCUUCAUCUUCAGCUACCAGGACAGCGCCAGCUUCUACGUGGUGAUGUGGAAGCAAACAGAGCAGACGUACUGGCAGGCCACCCCGUUCCGCGCCGUGGCCGAGCCGGGGCUGCAGCUCAAGGCAGUGAAAUCCUCAACGGGCCCCGGGGAGCACCUGCGCAACGCGCUGUGGCACACGGGCCACACGCCCGACCACGUCCGCCUGCUCUGGAAGGACCCGCGCAACGUGGGCUGGCGGGACAAGACGUCCUACCGCUGGCACCUGGCCCACCGGCCCCAGGUGGGCUACAUCAGGGUGCGGCUGUACGAGGGCCCGCAGCUGGUGGCUGAUUCCGGGGUGAUCAUCGACACCACCAUGCGCGGGGGGCGGCUGGGGGUCUUCUGCUUCUCCCAGGAGAACAUCAUCUGGUCCAACCUGCAGUACCGCUGCAACGACACGAUCCCCACGGACUUCGAGCCCUUCCGCCGGUUCCUGCUGGAGGGACGCGAGUGAGCGGCCGUGCCCGGUCCGGACCCCCCCCCGCCUCCCCGCACCAGCGGCACUCAAGGGCGCUCUGCGCCCUGCAGCCCCUCCCGGCCGGGCCCCCUCCCGGCCCCCCGCGGACUUUGCACUGCCGGUAACCGGCGCCUGCGGCCGGCAACGGGGCGGGUGGCGGGGCUGUUCCCCCCGCCCUGCUGCCCGGUACUGCGGUCCCUGCCCGAAGUCUGGCCAUAAAGUUUUAAGUGUUUUCUA